UGAGGGAAACACUUCACAGAUGCACACACACACUGUUAGUAAAGACAAACCAGCCAUCACAGAAAGUGUUUGUCUGGUUGAUUUGAGACAGUCAGUUUCAGAAGACGCAGCUUGUGUCACUAAUCUGAUCCAUUCAGUGAAUUCUGGGGUUCUGGUGUAUUUCUCUUGCUCUUCCUCCUGCAGUAAUGAAACCAUUUACCAACAAACCAAACUGAACUUUACAGACGUCUGCUGGCAAGAAAAGUUUCAUCCACCAACAAAACAACCGAGAGGAGAGAUGCGUGUUAUAAAGAGUCCUCAGCUGCCACCUAUGUUCAUCUGAACUGGAAACAGACAUCUGACUUCACUCUGUUGUUAAAAGAAAAGUUAAAAGAUGUUUCUCAGAUUCACUUUACGAGGCUCUCUUGACAAACUCCAGAAGACUUGGCAGCUUUGUUUAGAUUAUGUACCGGCUGGGAGGUGAAUAUCCUCCUACACUUGUGGAUCCAGCUGGAUGUCAGUGAUUACAUGUGAAGCAGCCUUGUGCCUUUGUUAACAUUUACCCUGGAUAGAGUUCAUGUUUCCUGUAGUUUGUGAUGUUCUGUGUCUGAACUCUUCUAGAACUGAAGUGUGUGUAAACAGAGCUGACGUCAGCCAGCAGCUGAAUGUAACAUCUCAACAGUCCAUGAGCCCGACAGUGUUACAGGAGUGUGACUGCUUUUUAAAAGCUGCUGCCUACAUUACCCACAGUGCAACUCAGCCACUGAGUGACAUCACUGGGAGCCUUAUACCACUUUUACUACUCCCCAACACUUGUAACACACGUUAGUAAGAAAAAGCAGUUUAUUUCAUAAUCUGAAGUGAGAAUCCAAGUAAGUGUUCAGUAUUCUACAGGUGGUUGUUUCUUGUGCAGCGCCCACCGUUAGCGACACAGACAGUCACUGAGAAGUGGAGACGGGUCAGAACCAGAGCAGAAAGAUGGUGUACAGGCUGUGGAUCAUUGCAAUGAACUUUUUUAACAUCUUAAAAUCUAUCUAAUUAAAUAUAAAUAAUUAACUAAUAAAAUGCAAGAAUAAUCAGUAAUGAGAGAAUAAUGGUAAUACUUGUUAGUCGCAGUUCAACAUUAUUCUGCAUACAAAUAUCAUUUUGAUUAACAUAAAACACAUAUUCUGAAAUUAUAUACAAAUAUUUUCUUCCCACAGUUGGUCAACAACUCACUGAUCAGUUUCUCGUGAUGACGUAACGGUUGUAUGUUUCCUGUUAUUAUUUUGUGUAUGUGAAAUUAAUUAACUUUAUUUUUUGUGAGAGAAAGUACCACUUCCGGUCUGAUUCACGCUUCCUCUCUCUAACUUCACUGCCCUGCUGUCAUCAACAAGUCGACUAACGAAUCAUCGAACGUGUAAAUGGCCAACAACAAACCAGUGAUCGAUUAGUUCCCCCUGUGUUUGGUCUCCAAGGCUACAACUUCAACAAGUACCAUCCACGCUAAACUCGUAAAGUGCUGAAUGUUAUGAGACGGUUUGGUUGGACUUCUGGUCUGUUAAUGUAGGAGGAAAAAGCCCACAUCGGACAGAAUCGUGUGGCUGUCAGCACAAAUAUUGGGCCGAACUUUCGCUCUUACUCAUCCAGGACGUUGGGUCGAUAGCAGAGCAGCAGAUCGGCAGAGGGCAGAACCAACAUGUCAGACUGUACUAGAAGUUUCCACCGGUCUGGUUCAGCUUCCUUAACAAACAAUAUCAGCGGCAGAAGAAUCGUCUGCUUCGUCUCGCACCAGAUAAACAGGUUCUGUUGAGUUUCUCCGUGAUCCGGAUUGUUGGCGGGUCGGAGGACUGAAGCUAGCUAGCUAGCGGCGGAGCUACAGACCGUUGACAGCAGCGCGGGCUGGCUAACAGCGAGGCUAACAGCUAGCGGCCGGGCUGCAGGCAUGUUCGGGUGUUUGGUCGCCGGCAGGUUGGUGCAGACGGACGCGGUGCAGGUCGCCUCGGACAAGUUCGUGUUCAACCUGCCGGACUACGAGAACGUGAACCAUGUGGUGGUGUUCAUGCUGGGCACGGUGCCGUUCCCCGCCGGGAUGGGCGGCGCAGUCUACUUCUCCUUCCCGGACCCGGCGAGCGGCGGCCCGGUGUGGCAGCUGCUCGGGUUCAUCACCAACGACAAGCCGAGCGCCAUCUUCAAGAUCUCCGGGCUGAAGGCCGGGGUGGGCGGGACGCACCCGUUCGGCAUGAUGGCCUCCUCCUCGUCUCCCUCCGUGGCUCAGGUCGGGGUGUCGGUGGAGGUUCUGGAGCAGCUGGCCCAGCAGAUCCCGGUGUCCAGCGCCGCCGUGUCCACCGUGGACUCCUUCCUGCAGUUCACCCAGAAGAUGCUGGACAGUCUCUACAACUUCGCCUCGUCUUUCGCCGUGUCGCAGGCGCAGAUGACGCCGAACCCGACCGAGACCUUCAUCCCGUCAAGCUGCGUCCACAAGUGGUACGAGAACUUCCAGAGGAGGAUGGCACAGAACCCGAACUUCUGGAAGAACUGAAGGCAGAGAGCCUGAGGACGAUAACGACUCAGACUGGACAGUUCGAAUAAAAGUGUGUGAAUGUUUUCA